AUGCAUGCUAUUGGUCGCCAGCUGGCAGUGCAGAAGGUAUUGGAUGCGCGCUUCCAUCCGAGGGGCCAGCCUCAGCUUGUCAUUGGCUGCAACGAAGCCCCGAACGAGUUGCUCCUCUUCGACCUCUCCUCCGGCUCCCACCGCCCCCUGCAAGGCCACGCCUGUCAGAUCCAGGCGGUGGAGUGUGCCAUGGAUGAUCACGCCAUCAUCUUCCCCAUUGCUCUCUUGCCAUGUAUCAUCCAGGCGGUGGAGUACGCCAUGGAUGGUGACGUCAUCCUCUAUUGUGGGGGCUCAUUGCUGCUGCACUCGUGUGGGCCGGGAGUUGCUGCCACCGCCACCGCCACUGCCAGUGGGAACCCGUCAAUUGCGUGUCAUCGCAACAAGAUCCGUGCUCUUGCCGUUAACCAGAAGAUGUCAUACCUAGCAGCCACCAGUGGUGCCAGUGGGGACCCGCAGGUCAUCCUGUGGGACGUGCGUGUAGCCAAGCCCCUCGCCCACCUCUCCCCCUCCUUCACUCUGCCGCCCAGCUGGGCAGUGGGAACAGCUGGCCAGAGUGCUCCGGUGCGAGUGUGCAUGGCAAUGGAUGUGCUGUGCUGUGUGGACUCUGCAUCACACAUUGUUCAAACACCCCAUUCAAAUCCCAUCAGGGCAGUGGGUGCAGCAAGGAAGAAUGCAAGUGCCCCGGUGCGAGUGCGCAUGGCUGUGGAUGCGCCCAGGGCAGCACGGCAACCUCCCCCGGUGCGAGUGCGCAUGGCGAUGGAUGCGCUGCGCUUCGCUCGCCUUACAUUGCAUGUCUCAUCAUCCAUUCACCCCCAGCAGGGCAGCAACGCAGAUGAGUCCACUUGGCACCAAGUAAAGGGCGGCGGGGAUGGCGGCGUGGCUCUCUUUGAUUCAUGCACGCACAAGGCCAUCACUCGCUUCUCACUGGGAGGCAGUUUUGAGGUGAGAGGGAUCAGAGGGGCGAGGGGAAGGCAGGUGACGUCAGCAGCGUUAAGCCCCUUUGUGGAUUGUGGGGACGAAGGGGUCAAUGAUGCCAGGUGGCUCUCUGCUUCGCCUGGCUUCGUGACUGCCACUGGCAAUGGCAGUGUGGCUGUGUGGGACGUCUCUUUGGCUGAUCCCCUCACUGCCUUCUCCUUCGCACACACUCGAUCUAUCAACACUAUAAAGCAGUCCACAUGCCUGGCUGACAAGGCUGUUGCUUUGGCGUCCCCCUCCCUGCAUGGCAGGUGGCGGGGCCACCCUGUGACGCCUGCAUUGCCUUUUGAGGCGUCUCAAAAGCCUAUUCUUUGCUCUUCCUCCCCCUCCCUCCAUGACCAGGUGGCAGUGGCACCCGAUGAUGCCUGCAUUGCCACCGGAGGGGAUGAUCAGAAAGUGGUGAGCGCAUUUCUCUCCCCUCUCCUCCAUUCCUAG